AUGACACUGAAUGAUUUGACCGAAGCAGUCAUCGAACGAAGUUGUUUGUGUGGACGAAAUAAUGAAAAUUUUAAAAAAAACGAUGAAUAUUUACUAUUGCUAUUGAAAAUUUCAUCAGUUCGAAUAGUAAGCACAUUACAAAAUCUUGCCCAUCAUAUUAAUGCAGAAAUUACUUAUCUUAUCGAAUUAAGUCGAUGGAAAUUACUUGAAGAAAUGUCAAAGUAUUUCCCCCGAUUAUUUUAUCAGCCAUCUGUAAUCGAUUCGAUCGAUGCUCUUAUUGAUAAUAUUCGUAAUCAACUUUUCAUUACAACGGAAAUUUCACCACAGCAAAUUGAGAAUGAAAUUGAAAAAACAGUUCAAGAAUUCUUCGUACAACUUAUUCCGGCAACAUUUCUUUGCAUAACAACGGGUCCAUGCAAAUCAGUAUCACAAUCAUAUGCCAAUUGUUUGCAGAAUAAUUCACCAUUUUGGAGAACAUUUUUUGGAAUGGAACCAGAUAAACUAAGUGCCAAUUUAUGGCAAACAGUGAUGAAAUAUCGUCUCAUGGAAGAUACUAUCGAUAAGUUACACAGAUUAGCCAUGGAAGUGGAAGUUGUUAAUAAUUCGUGCAUAACAAAACAUGCAAAUGUGAUGGCAAGUUGUGCAUCAAUUUGUAUUCCAAUGAAACAAGAGACGAUCAAUCACUGCAGUGAUGAUUGCAAACACGCAAUGCAUGAAUGUUUGCGCGAAGGUGCAAGUGAUUGGGAUAGUUUCAUAUCAGUUUUGCAGAAAUUAAGUACCAAUUUUGACAAAGGUUUCACUGAGCUUGAAAAGGGUGUCAUUCGAUCCAUUUCUUAUGCAAUGGAAAUGCAAGCUCCAAUGAUUGCUAAAACGAUACUAAGGAAAUGUGGACGGAUAAAUUUUGCUAAAACACCAGAUAACAUCCGACAUAUUGAUUAUCAGAAGCCGGACCCGGUACAAAAACGAGUAGUAUUUACGAUCCGGCAGGUAAAAUAA